UCCCCUUCAAGAGUUUCCCGCACUGUUUUUAACUCUUCCGCUGAUAAAUCUCCACUUUUCUUUCUUAGGGUUUCUGGUUAACCCAUGAACACCUACACAAAUCUCCUUCAAUCAUAGACAGCAGAGCCGCAGUGACUCCAAUAUUCGCUCUUUCCCCUUUACAGAAAAAGAUCAUCAUUUCUGGAUUCUAAACAAUGAUUCAGAGACCCCAGAAGCAUACCCCUAUAUAGUAGUAAAAGUAAUUGCAGUCUUGAGCAUGAAAUGGGAGAGAACCAUCAACAGCAGCCAGUGUUUUCUGCGAACCAAAGUCACCAAUACAACCACCAACAACCGUACAUCUUUCAAGAAACUCAAAACUUACAAACAAUCCCAGAUUUUUUCCACUAUCAUCAUCAUUUUCAAGCUCUUUUGCAGCAGCAAAGGAGGCUGCAGGACCAGCUGCAGCAGUGUGUUUUAGGUCAAGAAAAUGUUGUUAGUACUAGUGCCACCACGGCUGCGGUUGCCGGCAACAAUAUCAGGCCCUCAGUUUCAUUUUUCCCGCUGAACUUCAAGCCGCCGGAUCUCAAUGAGAAUAUUACUAGUAGUAAAAAUGGAGGUUUGGAUGAUGAUGGAUCAGAAGAUGAUUUGUUUAGACGGAAUAGUGCUGCUGCUGCUGCCUUGGCUAUGGCAUCCCCACAUUAUUGUUGGCAAAAUCAAGAAGAUUCUGCUACUGCUAUUAGACAACCUUUUUGGAAGCCACUGUGCACCAAUAUCUCGGAUGGGAAUAAUAACUCACAGGACAAAGAAGUGCGGCCGGAAAUGCACCAAAACAAGUACUACAAGUCUUCCGAAGAUACUGAGCAAAUGAAUAGUUCUUUAGAGAACAGUAAGAAUAGACUCUUUGGUGAGCUUGAAUCAAUUUGCAGAAGUGCCUCAGUUGCUAGUGAGGCUAAUAAAACUGGUGGCGCCUCUGCUGGAAACUUGGCUACAACAUUCAGUACCUGCUUGCCUAUCACUCUAGACAAACAUAACACCAAUGCUGGCGCCACUGCUGCUGCGGCUGCCAUUGGGCAUUGUCAUGACGGUUCUGAGUCAUUUAGUGGUCAUGAAGCGCCCGUAGCUGUGGUUUCAAAGAACAAGAAAAGGAAGAAGUUGAAAGAUGAAUUGAGUUCGAUGGCCAUAUUUUUUGAGGGCUUGGUGCAUCAGCUCAUGGACCACCAGGAGGCUCUUCACAGUAAUUUUAUGAAUGCAAUUGAGAGAUUAGAUAAAGAAAGAAGGGAAAGAGAGGACGCUUGGAGGAGACAAGAAUUAGAAAAACUUGAGCAAGACAUGGCUGCCAGGGCCCGUGAACGGGCAUUAGCUUCUAGUAGAGAGGCCUCCAUUGUUUCAUACUUGGAGAAAAUCACUGGCCAAAGUAUUAAACUUCCUCCUAGGAAUCAUCCCUCAGAUUUCCAGCUGGCCAUGAUUUCUUCGGGAGCCAUGAAUGGCGAGCUCAGCCCCAGUACUAGCAAAGUCUGCAGGGAUGAUUUGAGUAUAAACAUGACCAGCAGGAGAUGGCCUAAAGCUGAAGUGGAGGCAUUGAUUCAAAUUCGAAGCAGCUUAGAGCAAAAGUUUCAAAGGCCGGGGAUCAAAGGGCCUCUUUGGGAACAGAUAAGCAAUUCAAUGGCGUCAAUGGGAUUUCAAAGGAGUGCCAAGAGAUGCAAAGAGAAGUGGGAAAACAUCAACAAAUACUUCAAGAAAUCGCGAGAAAAUGCGAAGCAAUGUCGCAAGAAAUUCAAGACUUGUCAGUACUUUGAUCAGCUGGAUCAACUCCACUCCAAGUCACAACUAGCUAAUGGCGGUUCUUAUUCUUGUAGCUCAUCCUCAGAGCAUCAGGCCAAGCCCAACAAUGAAAAUCAGCUUCCCAAUCCGAUUGAAGGCUUGGUUCCAGCCAGAAACUUCAGACAAGGUGAAUUCUAUUGUAUUCCUAGUAUGAAUGUCAGUGAAGAAGAAGAAGAAGAAGAAGGAGAAGAUGGUAAUGUUGACUACCCUGAUGAGGGAGACUGACUGCGAAUUUUGAAUAUUAAGGCAACAUUGGGUUUGAUACAUGGGUAUUUUUCCAGUUCUUUUAUUAUUACUGUUAUUAUUUAAAUUUCUUUCAGAUUUU